GCACCACCGAAUUUUCACGUGCUCAAUUUGUGAUUAUAAUUCAUCUCGUGCUUUACGGUGGAGGAAAACAUCGUGAGAAAACCUGCAUGUUUCUAAUUUCACUGAAAUUCUGCCACAUGUGUAUUCCACCAACCCGCAUUGAAGCAGCGUCGUGGAAUAAGCUCCAAACAUUCUCCUCAAAAAGGGAGAGGAAGCCUUUUAACCCAGCAGUGGGACAUUCACAGGCUGUUAUGGUUAUGAUAUGGCGCUAGUCGAUCACACAGACGUGAAAAUGGGAAAGAUAUACGAAGACAGCGAUGUGGACAAACACGCUGAAUCUAAGAUCCAGAAGCUGUUCUCUGGAUCGACGGUGCUCUUGACAGGAGGCACUGGGUUCCUCGGGAAACUACUGGUCGAGAAACUUUUAAGAUCCUGUCCAGACGUAAAGAAAUUAUAUCUUUUAACGAGACCAAAGAAGAAUAAAGAUAUUUUAAAACGAUUGCAAGAACAGUUUGAUGACGCGUUAUAUGACAAGCUAAGAAAACAGGCGCCUAAUUUCAUAGAGAAGAUUUCGAUAAUUGAAGGUGACGUGGGUCAGCUCGAUCUUGGUAUUUGCGAAGAAGACAAACAGAAAAUCAUAAAUGAGGUCGAAUUCAUUUUCCACGGCGCAGCGACAGUGCGAUUCGAUGAAGCACUCAAAACAGCUGUAGAGAUCAACGUUCGUGGUACGCGGGAGAUAUUACUACUAGCACGAUCAUGCACGAAGCUACGUGCGCAUGUGCACAUUUCAACCGCUUACAGCAACUGUCCUAUCAGAGAAAUCGAUGAGAAAUUCUAUGAUAGUUCAUUGACCGGCGAGAAACUGAUUGAUCUGGUUGAGAAUAUCGAUGAGAAAACUUUAAACACCAUCACACCCGGAUUACUGGGUGACUUCCCUAACACAUACGCUUAUACAAAAUCAGCAGCUGAAAACAUCGUACAAAAGUACUCGAAGGGACUUCCGGUUGCACUGUUCCGGCCGUCUAUUGUUAUAGCGACAGCCAGAGAACCCGUUUCCGGAUGGAUAGACAAUGUUUACGGACCUACAGGAGUUGUCGUGGGUGCCGCAGUGGGCCUGCUCCAUGUUUUGAACUGCAGCCCUAAGGCCUUGGCUGAUCUGGUCCCGGGAGAUUUGGUCGUUAAUGGAUGCAUAGCGACUGCGUGGAAGACUGCCAAGGACUAUCCUGUGAACCACGAAGAUGCACCAAUGGACCAGCUACCUACUGUUUACAAUUACGUAUCAUCAGUAGAACGCCCCUUGACAUGGGAAUUAUUCAUGAAGCACACAGAAAUUUACGGCCUCCAAGUGCCGUCAAUGCAAGCGGUGUGGACAUAUCUGUUCUGGCUGACACCUUCAAAGUUUCUUUAUAAUUUGUACUGCUUUUUCCUCCACUGGAUACCAGCUUAUAUUGUGGACACUAUCGCUAUUAUGAUUGGAAAGAAACCUAUGUUAAGGAAAGCCUACAAGAAGAUCGAAAAGUUUUCAGCUGUCAUCGGUUAUUUCGCUUUACGGGAAUGGAAAUUUCACAACGAAAACACACAAAAUAUGUUCAAGGAACUAUGCGACGCUGACAAACACAUAUUCAACUUCGACAUGCGGUCUUUGGAAUGGGAGGUAUAUUUCAAAUCGUAUGUCAGUGGAAUAAGACUUUACCUGUUAAAAGAUCCUAUGGACACCCUUCCCCAAAGUAAAAGGAAACAUUUCAAGUUAAAGAUCGUUCACUAUAUUUGUCUUUCUCUUAUAUGUUUGGCUCUUUUAAGACUGUUUUGGUUUUUCGCUCGACUAAUUAUCGGUUAAGCAAUUGUGUAUAUAAGUUGUAAAUGUAUAUACUAGUUCAUGUUGUAAUUAUUGUAUAAUUUUAUAUAAUUUAAUUAUUAUUGACCUUUGAGGGUUUUCGACUGGUUUCGUGGUGGAUAAGCAUUUGAUUUUAUAAAUUGUACUUUAUUAAUUUAAGAAGCCAUUAUAGAUUUUAUACAUGGAAUUUAUAAAAUGAAGACUCUGGUAUAUAAGGAUAAAUUACAAACGUUCUACGAAGGACUUCAUUUAAUAUGUGUAUAACUUUAUUUAUGUUCAGUUUGUAAUAAAGGGCUCGUUUUCUUGUCAUAGAAUAAUGUUUUUUUUCUAUAUGUAUAAAGAAAAUAAAGUAUGUAAUGUGAUGUUUCUUAGAUAAUAAAUUGAUUAUGCUCAAAUUCUCAGACAUUAUUUUAUAAAUAAAAAAAUAUUACUUUGUGUG